AUGCAACCCGGAUUCGAACCAAGUUACAAUCUUUUCACUCCACAGCAAGCGGGCAUCUCGCUGAGGGACCUCGGUGGGGUACCCACAGGAGGAUGGAGGCCCUUCAUCGACAGCAGACACUCUCCAAAAACCGCCGUCCCACACCCCCCCGGGGAAUUCUACCAGCACGGUCCCUUCACUGUUGCACCAACGUCGGGCGAAGCUCUAAUGGUCGCCCCAGACGAGGCUUGGCAGGUGGGCAAGCUAGUGGAUGACUCCUCUCUACGGUGCCUCUUCCCCGGCGCCGGAGUCGCCCAGCCAAGACCGGGUCUUUCCUUAUCCCUUUUCAAUAAGUCCGCCGACGUUAGGCCAGCGAUGGCCUUUCACAGUCAGCCACUCGUACAGGAGGGAAAUUUCUUCCCGCCACCGCACCACCAGCUGAGAAGCUCCAGGUAUUUGGAACCCGUCCAGGAGCUUCUGAAUGAGCUCUGCAGUCUCGGAGCGGGCAAAAAUGCCGGUGAACCCAAGAGAAAGGCAGCCACUGGCCUCCGCGAGGAGGGUGCCUCAUCGACUUCCUCCAGCCUGUGGAACCAGACUCUGUCCUCACUGGACAUUUCGGAGCUGAAGAGGCGCUACACUCAGCUGGUUUCCAUGCUGGAGGAGGUCAGCUCUCCUCUCCCUUCCCUCCCAACCUCCCCUUCCUUUAGAAAAUUAAUCACUUGGACUGAUGAUUUGGUCCACAAUUAGCGGGGAGAACUCAUCUCUACUUGAUUCAGCCUUCAAAUUUUUUGAAGCUGCCGUUAAUGCUGUGCUGAGAUCGGCCAGGGACAGAUCGACAAUUCGGGGCUUGCCACUUACUUUUGGAAACCUCUAUUGCCAUGACGGGCAUGGAAACCUAAAACCCUAGCAGCCUGUUUCAAGAUUAAAUAUCGAAGGCCACAGAAGGCAACUGUGCUUCAGUUUCCUUUUCUGCCCACCGCUGUAACUGUGCCUACAAGUCUAACCCUCAGAAUCUUCCACAGAUAAACCCAAGUUUGUCUGCAAAAUCACCACACUUCGUGUCCACAUGUUAACCUAGAUUUCCACGAGUAAAAAUCUCCUAUCGUUGAUCUAAGAUUAUUCUAUUGGAAUAGUCCCACACUGCACUCGUUUAUCUGCAUUCUAGACGUUUAUUUGUCCUCGCAAAACUUUACGAUUUAUGCUGCUAUUUUUCUCUUCUUAUGAUCUCUUUCAGCUUGAUAGGAGAUACAGGAGGUACUGUGAACAGAUGAGGGCAGUGGUAUCGGGUUUCGAGGUGGCGGCUGGAGAAGGCGCCGCCAAAGUCUACUCAACGCUGGCGAUGAAGGCCAUGUCUAGGCAUUUCAGGUGCCUAAGGGAUGGGAUAGCGGGGCAGAUGAAGGAGAUAAAGAAGGCAACGGGAGAUAAGGAUGCCGUUGCACCGGGAGCCAGCAGAGGAGAGACCCCACGGCUACGGUUGCUCGAUCAUCACCUCCGCCAGCAGAAGGCGUUCCAGCAGUCCGGUGCGAUGGAGCCCCAUCCUUGGCGUCCCCAGAGGGGCCUCCCCGAGCGCUCGGUGUCGGUUCUCCGAGCUUGGCUCUUCGAACACUUCCUGCAUCCGUAAUUCUCUCUCUCUCUUCUCUCUCUCUCUCUCACACACACACGCUCGCGCUCUCUCUCUCUCUCUCUCUCUCUCUCUCUCUCCACUCUAUUGCUCUCUCUAUCUCUCUCUCCCUCCCUCACUCUCUCGCGCUCUCUUUCUCUCUCGCAAACACAGACACUACUGUUCCGAUCAAAGAAACAACCUCAGAACCAGACUUCUAAAACCCUCCUUUUCCCCCCCUCUCGAAUUCAAUGACUUAUUCAACAUCAAGAUAUUGACUUUUGAUCUCUCUCUCUCUCGCGCGCGAGCGCGCUCUCUCUAUAUAUAUCGUAUCUCUCCUUUCUAUCUAUCUCUCUCUCCCGUGCGCGCGCGCUCUCUCUCCUUAUAUAUAUCGUAUCUCCCCUUUCUAUCUCUCUCUCUCUCUCUCUCUCUCUCUCUCUCUCUCUCUAUCCACCUCUCUUUUUUAUCUCUUUGUCUCUCUCUCCCACAGACACACAUCAGUAUUGAAUCACUCUGCUGACUCAGAGAAACAGCCAAUAGAUGGGACUUUCAUCAGAACCUUAACACAGUAGUUUGCCUGAACUAGACCUCAAUUGUUGGAUCAGGCAUCUUUUAGGAGAGAACAAUUGAUCCCUAGUAGAAUGGGCCCUGAAAGAAAUGAAACAUCUUUCCAUUAUGAGAGAUGGCCGAGGAAAAGACAACUGAGAAGAAGAAAGGGGUGGUGAAAGGGAAAGAAGUGAUGUGAUUUGAUUGUGGAGCGUUUGUUUAUCAGUCGUAUUCAAGCACCCACCGCUCCACUAUUCCCAUAUGCGUCAGCUUUAGAAAUCUUCACCGAGACACCAUCAUAUACAAUUGUUACCUGAUGCAUUCAUCUCACCGUUUCCCAUUUUUUAUCGAUUUACACUCAUUUAUUUCUGGGUUUUAAUGAAGAACUUUUUCUCACUGAUAUCCACCCUGCCUUUAUCUGGGUUUUUGCCCAGUUUUACAGAAGUCCCAUCAUUUAGCUUAGUAAUCUUAUGUUUUAAUCUACUAUGUUCAUAAUUGUUAAAAUGCAUCUUCAUUUCGUUGCUGGGUUUUGAAAUGCUCAUUCCAUUUUGAGUUAUCGCUCUCAAGGAUUAAAAUGCAUGACAUUUUGAGAUCUUGAACUAACAAAAUUAAUCAUACUAUCUGGUGGCAGGUACCCAAGCGACGUCGAUAAGCACAUCUUGGCCAGGCAGACGGGACUCUCCCGGAGCCAGGCACGUCCCUAUCUCACCAUUAUGAUCUUACAACUACGCCCCAACACCGUAAAUAAAUCCUAGUUUCAUUGCAGAGGACCCACGAAACCAUUUCGUUCAAAUUAUUGACACGUCUUCGAUUUCAUGAUUUAGUUACCUUGUACGACUCCAGUCUCUAAAAUACAUCAGAUAACAAAAAUAGCUGAAUUAUGCGUCCUCAACUCACGGAUGGUGUACACACAGGUCUGCAACUGGUUCAUAAACGCACGAGUAAGGCUGUGGAAACCCAUGGUGGAGGAGAUGUACUUGGAGGAGACGAAGGAGAAACUGGAGAACCAGUCCUCAAGAGGGAACAUGGUGCAACAGGGAGCCAGCCAGACGGGCCAAUCUCAGAACCCCAAUGCUCUUGGGAUCCAACACCUCCAGCUGCAAGACGAGCAAAAUUCUCGCCCGUUGCAACUUGGCGGCAGCGACGAGGAUUCCCUCUCCUCCGUCGUCAACAGCAGUCACAACUCCGAUCGUGGCGAUCCUGCCAUGUCCGGGAAGAACCCCCUCUACGGCCCUCCGCCACGCCAGUACAACCCAUUACAGCAUCUGGCCCGGCCCGACCACAACUUCGGCCUGGUGGACGUUGACUUCUCAUCCUACAGCGAGUGCGGCAGCCAGCAGGGUUUCGGCAACGGCGUGUCGUUGACUCUGGGCCUCCAGCAGCACAAUGGAGGAGGAGUGAGCCUCUGCUUCUCCCCCGGAUCCCAAAACAGCCUCUUCUUCUCCAAGGAGACGCCCAUGGAGGGUUGCCAGCCGGUGCAAUUCUCCAUCUUGGAGGGGGACACCCAGAACCCGCCCUACAGGAACCUCAUGGGUGGUCCGCAAGUUCUUCAAGACUUUCAAGAUUAG